ACUCCUUCCUUCAUCAAACCCUAACCUCCACCAAAGAAAGCAAACCCUUGCCUCCACCAAUAGUUGUCGCCGUCUGUCGGAGUGAGAGACUGCUGCCGCCGUCCAUCGCACUCAAGAACUUCCGUCUUCGUGCUCUCGGGCCUCUCGCCGGAUCCUCCACGUCGGGUGCUCGCAUCUCGCCGUUCUCCUCUGUGCUCGGCUGCUCGCGCCUUCCUCCGCCGGUGAGUGCUCGAGCUGUGCGUGUUGGUUGCUGCUCGUCGUCGUGGUUGUCUCUGCUCGUUUCUGCCUCCCAGCCUCACUCGAGUCUCGUCUCAGUCACUGGCAUUUCGUGGUUCGUCUGUCUCGUCGCCGGCAGCAGAAGCAACUCGUGGGGUUGUCUCUUGCUACGUCGCCUUCCGUGGGGUGGUCGCUGACUCGCCGUCGACCAUUGUGAACUAGUGAACAAGUAGCUAAACCGGUUCGGUUUUCAGAACCUUGUCGUAACUCAUAACGAUUCUCGUCAAGCUACAACCAUUAACACUCAAAACCCCUCCAUUUCAAAAACCAUCAAUACCCACUAUGUCCCAUUUCCGGAAAUUCCAAUUAACACACUUCAUCUCCAAAAUUUCCCAUACUUGCCUUAAACCCUCACAAAAUCCUAGAUUCCACAGCGUCAAAUCUGCACCUGAAUCCGCACAAAAAAACUGUGAUUUCAAGUUCCCCUCGAAGGUCAGAAGGGAAGCACAAGCCGCAUUGCUCGAGUACCUUCAUUCCACAAGGAGCUUGCAGUUCCUUGAUGCAGACAACAUGUGCAAAAACUCGCCCUUUUUCCUCGACGAUAUUUUGAGGAAGGUUCUUCAGAAGAAGAUCAACACUGCUGCCAGCGACGUCAGGAAAUCAAUCUCACGUUACCUCCGUUACCACCCAAUUAACGAGUUUGAACCAUUCUUCGAGAGUACAGGUUUGAAGCCUUUUGAAUACUUGCACCUUCUUCCAAGGGACAUGAUGUUCAUCAAUGAUGACACUGUGUUGAUGGAGAAUUACCAUACUCUGUGUAACUAUGGUGUUCCCAGGAACAAAAUGGGGAAGAUCUUCAAGGAUUCACCUCAAGUUUUUCGAUAUGAAAGUGGGGUUCUGGUGUCCAAGUUUCAGAGUUAUGAAGAGCUUCGUGUUGCUUCUUCAACUUUGGUAAAGGUGAUUUCUUUGAACCCUAGGGUUUUGGUUGGGGAUGUUGACCUUUAUCUUGUGAAGGUUUUGGAGAAGUUAAACCGUCUUGUUGGUGAAGAAAAGGGUAGUACUUGGAUUGAGGAGCAGUUGUUGGAUGAGAGUAGCUGUAAUUUUGGGGUUAUGCAUGAGCUCUUGUGCUUGCUUGAGAAGGUUUACAGUGACGAAAAAUUGUUGGGUGAGAUGAUUGGCCAGCACCCUUUUGUUGUUUUUGAGGAUUCUGGAGUUUGGACAUUGUCCCUCAUUGGGUUCUUGGUGAAAUUAGGGUUGUCCUUGGACCAGAUAGCUAUAAUUUUUGUCGAGUUUCCACAAAUUGGGGUGUUGAUGUUUCUGUCGAAUUUGCACAAGUGUUUGACGUUCCUGUCUGAUAUCGAUAUGCAUGCUGCAGAGAUUGGGAAGAUUUUCCAGUCUCAUUCCUUGCUGAUGGGUUCAUUCACUAUUAAGAAAAGUAGUAGUUUGCUCAGUAGCUUGAAUGUUGGCAAGAAAAGGCUCUGUAAGUUAGUGCAGGAUAAUCCGGAAGGGAUGCAGAAUUGGGCUGUGGGGAAGAAAAUUCAGCCUUAUCCUGAGGAUAAGGAAACAAGGGCUCUGAAAACAGAGUUCUUGAAAACAAAGUUCUUGUUGAGCCUUGGAUACGAAGAGAACUCGGGGGAAAUAAAACAGGCUUUUAAGCUGUUCAGAGGUAAGGGAGAUGAGCUUCAGGAGAGAUUCGAUUUUAUUGUUAAUGCUGGCUUGGACGUUAAGGAUGUUCGCGAAAUGAUUAAGGCUUCACCUCAGAUUCUUAAUCAGACCACAGAUAUGAUCAACAUGAAAAUUGAGUAUCUUGUGAAUGAAGGAUAUCCUAUAUCAAAUUUAGUCAAUUUCCCAUCUUUUCUCUCCUAUACACUUUGUAGAGUUAAGCUUAGGUUAUCAAUGUAUAAUUGGCUUAGAGACCAUAGAGUUGUUCACCCGAGGCUUGCUUUGAGCACUAUAGUUGCAUGCUCAGAGGAAUUAUUCUUACGGUUGUAUGUAAAUCAGCAUCCAUCUGGCUUUCAAGUUUGGCAAGAUUUGAAGUCUGAAAUUUAUUCUGAGAGAUAAUAACAUGAUAUGAUCCCUUUUUGAAAUCA